AUGCCAUUGUUAACCUCACUCUUAUUUAAUAAUCAUCAUAAACAACAAACAUUAUGUUGUUCUUGUGGAUGUCAUAUGAAUGAACAAGAAACAUCAUCCAUUAUACGUUGGUUCCCACUUAUCCGACGUAGAUCAUCCUCUAUUACAACAACAACAACAACAACGACAUCAUCAUCAUUAUCGUCGUCGUCAUCAUCCUCUUUAUCAAAUACAUUCUAUGACUACAAAGAUAGAGGAGGAGGUGAAGAGGGAAUGGAAGAUAAGCAAGUAAAUGAAUUUCAACAUUUAUACCGCUUAGCUGUAGACGAGAUGGCUUAUGCUAUUGAAUCACAAGGAUCAAUUUAUUAUAGUGGAGACUUAAUAUCGGCUACAGACGCAGUUAAUAAUUGUUUAGAUCGUUUUCAGCGAUUAAUGCAAAUAUUAAACUCAGAUAAAUCGCAUAAACUUCAACAAGAAUGGACCGACAUUUUAUUUGAGUUAAGAUCCAAAUUAGAUUCUUUACCUUCUUCUUCCUAA